AUGGGUGCCGGAGGUUCUCGAAACAAAACGGAACCACGUGGCGAGGGUGUCAAACUCGCGUUCGAUCCCGACGAGAAAUGGUCGAAUUUGUAUCGAGAACGAGAGAAGAAUCACUUGUACAAGUGGGUUGGUGUCAGGAAAGGCGGAGAACUUAUCAACAUUUACGAAAGAGAUGGAGAGGAAGGAGUUUUGAAGUUCGCCGAGGAAAAAUUGCUAACGAUUCUUUAUGAAGAAGGAAAUACGCCAAAAUUAGUCUCUUACAGUGACUACAUCAAGUGGAAGAAGGGGGUGAACGUUCAACUCGGUCUCAGCGAAGAAUCCGUCGACAUGCAACAGUCUCGUUUCAAGGAACACUACGCCUUGUGGAAACUCAACAAAAGAGGUGUCGAUGGAGAGAAUCUGAUUCAUUUGUUGCUCAACAGAGAACAACAAGUGUGCUAUGAGAUUGCUAGGAUACUGCUGAAGAGAUUUCCAGGGAUGUCGAAUGACAUUUAUUUGGGUGACGAACAGUUUGGCCAAUCCGCUCUCCACUUGGCCAUCGUUCACGAUGACUAUGAAACUGUCAGUCUUCUUCUGAACAACAAAGCUGAUGUCAAUGCACGUGCCUGUGGAAACUUCUUCUUACCCGAAGACUACAAACUGACCAAUAAAAUCACCGACUAUCAGGGAUAUGCCUACUAUGGAGAGUAUCCGUUAGCGUUUGCUGCUUGCUUCGGUAACAAGGACAUUUAUGAUUUGUUGAUCCAGUUUGGAGCCAAUCCAAAUCUUCAAGAUUCCUUUGGAAAUACAAUUCUGCAUAUGUGUGUCAUCAAUUAUAGUAGUUCCAUGUACUCCUAUGCUGUCCGUCAUUGGGCGAAACCCGCCGAUCCCCACGUUGUCAAUCAUGCUGGAUUCACACCAUUGACCUUGGCCACCAAGUUGGGUCGCAAACAUAUUUUCGAGGAAAUGCUGGAGAUUAUGAAAGUGGAGUUCUGGAGAUUCUCGGAUAUGACAUGUUCGGCAUACCCGUUGAACACUUUGGACACAAUUCAGCCAGACGGGUCGACAAAUUAUGACUCCGCCCUAAUGACAGUAAUCAACGGGUCAACACCAGAACAUUUGGACAUGAUUGGAAGUGAAGUUAUUCAGAGAUUGUUGGCUGAUAAGUGGAAGGCAUUUGCGCAGCGAAAACUGAUUGAACGUCUCGUUCUUCUAAUCUUCCAACUCAUCACCCUAUCAAUUGUCGUCUAUAUCCGUCCAACAGAAUUGCCCCGCUUGUAUAUGGACAAGCCCCUAUGGGAUGAUUGGAUCCGCACAAUUUGUGAAAUUCUAACAAUUUUAAACUGUCUAUUCUUCAUUGGUGUUCAACAAUUUGGGGAGAUUCAGACACAAGGAAUGCGAGGCUAUUUGAGAAAUUUGAAAACCGCACCUGCAAAAGCCGUCUUCUGUAUCGCUAAUCUCUCCCUCCUCCUCUGUAUUCCAUUCCGCCUACUUCGAAAACACGAAAUCGAAGAAGCCCUUUUCGUUUUCGCACUUCCCGGUUCCUGGAUCUUCCUGUUGUUCUUCGCACGUUCUGCUAAGCUCACUGGACCCUUCGUACAAAUGAUCUACAGUAUGAUUGCCGGAGAUAUGAUUCGGUUCGCGAUUAUUUCGGCGAUCUUUCUCGUUUCGUUCUCGCAAGUAUUCUACUUUGUCGGAAAAGACAUGGAUGCCAAACAAAAACUCGAAGACACCAAUCCCCAUGCUUGCCGUAUUUCUGGAUACACAAUCUACACAUACAACACGUUCCCAGAGACUUUCAUCACUCUUUUCCGUGCCUCAAUGGGUGGAUAUGAUUACGAAGAAUUCUCAUGUGCCAACUAUCAAGCCCUUACCAAGACUCUUUUCGUACUGUAUAUGUUCGUCAUGCCAAUUAUGAUGAUCAACAUUCUCAUCGCUAUGAUGGGUAACACCUACACAACAGUCAUUGCACAGGCCGAGAAGGCAUGGAGACAACAGUAUGCUCAGAUUGUGAUGGUUUUGGAGAGAUCGGUUGGAAAGGAACGGUUAGCUGCGAGUCAGUUGGAAUACAGUAUUCGAUUGGAUCAGGAAGGAUCAUCUGGAAUGGAAGUCCGUGGGCUUAUGGUCAUCAAACAAACCAAAAAGACACGUGCUCGUCAACGGAAACAAGCAAUUUACAACUGGAAAACAAUCGGAAGAAAAGUGAUCCACACAAUUGACAAAGUGGGAACCGAACAGGCGGUUCUCCUGCUACACGGACAUGAUCGUUUGGAUAGAGUUUAUGAAGAUCAUGUUCAGCCUGAAAAAGUACCUUCUCGAUCAAGAACACCUACUAGAAUUGGAACUAGUCUUCACGCUUCAAAACGUCUCAAAACCACUAUGGUUGUGGGCGCCGCGGCGGCCGCCGCUAAUCAUGAGGUUCGAACUGAUGACGCUGUCAACAGUAUGCUCCUUUCUGCACCACCAAGUCUGUCUGGGGAGGGAGGAACGAUGGAUUGGCAACCAUCUAUUACACCGGUUGAGGAGCGAAGUGAAUCGAAGACUAAUUCUUCGCAAGAAAGAUCUGAAGCAUCAAGUCCGAUGAUUGUGAUUCCACAGGUUCUGAAAGCACCGGUUAAAGUUGAUUCCCCGAUUCGUGUGCAGGAAUAUAGCCGAACCGUCCGUGUCCGUGGAGCCGACACAAUUCCAUCCAUUGAACUUCCGAACAUCCCUAGCAAGUCAACUGCGACAACACCACCCCAUCGUGCAGUUUCUCCACGUCUUCGGGCGGAUAUGUUCAGAAGACAUCCGCAUACAUCGUCGUUCGAUGCUGCCGCACCACCGGCACCUCCAAAAGAGGAAUAA